AUGCCGAACCCAAUCCGUUUGCCAGUGUUUAUCGGUGUUUCGAGGGUACAGAUUGGCGCCCAGCAACCGUUUGAUGUCUCGGUAACUCCGACAAGAGGACAUUUUAUGGAUCCCUCCCGACAACCACUAUUCGCCCACCAGGACCAGUUAUUGUGUGCUUCUCUUUUUGAUUCCGUGUUGACGAUGCAUUCACCACCGACUGCCGCCGAAAGCCCGACAAAGAAAAUCCAUUCAGUAGUUUCCAUUAGAAUUUCCGAUCCGAGGCCAAGGAAUCAUCCACAUUGCGAGAAGGGCAAAACUGAGCUGGGCAGAAUGAAUCCCUCGGUUCGACUUCAAUACGCCAGUAUACGUGAGCACAAAGCCGUAAUGGUGGAUGUUGAUGGCACGUAG